AUGAGUAAUCUGAUAUCAUCUGCAUUUCAUUUUUCUUUAAGGCAAAAUGUUUGGAAUAGUUGGAGAAGAAGCUACUUGAAGAUACCUGUGGUAGAAGGUCGAAGGUUUAAGCAAAGUUCUAGUUCUGUCGUGAGUAGCGCACAGAAUAGAACACUGCACAGAGCAAAUGAUGAAGGUGAGUUAUGCCUUUUCUUAUGGCGAUUUCUAUAUUCUUCCCCAGUUCGCCAUGAAUCAGGUAAAUCCCUCUGCUGCUCUCAAUCCUCGCUACUUUCUCGUUGUUUUUGUACAAAAGGAGCUGUUGCUAAAUUCAAUUUCCGCGAAGAAAUUAAGAACAUUAAUGGGUUGGAUGAUGCUCUUUGCUUGUAUGAGAACAUGUCGAGAACGAGGCCUCUACCGAGUACUGUUCAGUUUAAUCAAUUGCUCUCGCGUGUGGUCAGUCUGAAAGAGUACUCUGCUGCUAUUAACCUUUUCAAAGACAUCUGCAGUUUAGGGGUUUCAGUCAAUGAAUACACCAUGACUGUUGCUAUCAACAGCUUUUGCCUUGCGGGCCGGGUCGAUUAUGGGUUCUCCGUUCUGGGUUGGUUCUUCAAGCGGGGCUGUUCUGCGAAUGAAUAUACCUUCGGCACCUUACUGAAAGGCCUGUUUCGAGAGAAGAGGAUUAACGAAGCACAAGAGUUGUUAAGGAAGAUGGUUGGAGAAAGGGCUUUAACAAUGGAAAAAGGGACACUGAAGCCCAAUGCAUAUAUAUAUAACAUUGUUAUUGACGGCUUAUGUAAGGAUAGAAUGAUAGACUCAGCCUUGGCGCUUUUCAACGAAAUGCCCGAGAAGGGCAUCCGGCCGGAUAUUGUCACUUACUGUUCUUUGAUCGAUGGUUUGUGUAAUUUCAGCCGUUGGGAGGAAGUAAAAAAGCUGAUGAAGGAGAUGGUGUUCUUCAAGAUAUAUCCGAAUGCGGUCACGUUCGCCAUCUUGAUUGAUGCUUUAUGUAAGGAAGGAAUGGUGGAUGAAGCAGAAGAUGUAAUCGGAAUCAUGAAGCAGCAGCAUGUAAUUCCAAAUGUCACCUGUUACACUGCAUUAAUGAGCGGAUAUUGUCUUCAAGGGCGUAUGGAUGAAGCAAAGAAUGUUUUUGAUUCAAUGGGUAGUAGCAAGAAUUGUGCUCCUAAUGUUAUUAGCUGUAAUAUAUUAAUCAAUGGCUAUUGUAGAAGUAUGAAGAUGGACGACGCCAUGGUUAUCUUCCGCGAGAUGCCUCGUAAAGGGAUCAAGCCUGAUGUGGCCACGUAUACCACUAUACUGGGGGGUUCCUUUCGUGUGGGCAAAUGCCGCGUAGCGCUUGAUGUUUUUCAUGAGAUGCAAGCUGUCGGACUAAAACCUAACUUCUAUACGUACUGUAAUAUGUUGGAUGGAUUAUGUAGGAAUGGGCAAGUCGAGCGGGCUUUACUGUUGUUCGAAGCAUUAGAGCGCAAGGGACAGCAUCUUCAUAGUGAGUACUAUACCAUCAUCAUGGAUGAUUUGAUCAGAUCCGGUAAGCUCAAUGCGGGUCGAGCUAUUUUUGGAGAUAUGGUUUCGAAGGGAUUGGAAUGUAAUGUGGUGACCUACACUGUUUUGAUUAAAGGAUGUUGUCGAAAUGGGCUAUUAGAAGAAGCUAAGGAUCUUCUUUUCAAAAUGGGACAAUCAGGUUUGUCUCCGAAUGAGGUUACUUAUAACGCUAUUGUCCAAGGAAACCUAGCAGGUGGCCGAUAUGAUGAUGCUGAAGUGUUUCUUGAGGAGAUGGCUCACCCGUACACCUUCCUGAAUGAGAGUCAGUUCUUGCGCUUUCGACUACAGCCUACGCAGGUUCAUCCGUGCACCUUCCGGAAUGAAAAUCAGGUCUGCACUUCAACUUCACCCAAGGCCAGUAUAAAUAGUGCAAUUACUGGUUAAACAAGAUUGGAGUUGAUGAGCUCAUUAUGGACUUCAUGGCCAGCCUCCAUCAGUAUCAAGAUGGAAGCACCACUGCUCGUCCGAGGAGAAAGUCGCAUUAAAUGGCAUAUUUCGAUCGUCAAUCGGAGCUCCCAGAUAUUCGGACGUGCAGCGGAGCCGUUGAUAUUUCAAGAGGCGAUUCUUGGCGCCUCGAUUGUCCAAAAAUUAAUCGGUGAUAUCUGGUAUUUUCCCUAUCUUAAUAAGCUACAAUACCCGUUAUCAAUUUUUAAUUCUGAGUUCAUGUUCGUCAUUAGUUGGAGCUCAAUGUUUUAAUUCGAUUUGUCUUCUGAAAAAUUAAAUAUCCCGAGCCUCGAUUAUACAAAAUUAAUCUGAGUUAUUUUUUUGUUCUUCUUUUCAUUGGUUAAAUAGUUCUUUAUCAAUUUUGAAGUUAAUUUCAUGUUUUUCAUUGAUUGGAGCUCAAACAAGUGCGGG